UGGCAGGUCACUGGCAGUGGAGCACCAGGAAGGAGUGCACCUAGGUGCCAGUGUGGAAGAGAUACAGGAGACUAGGCACAGGGCCUUCUUGAAUUUCAGAGCUGGGACAUCAGGCUCGAAUGGCUGGGGUAUGAAGACCUAUCUCAUGUCGUGAUGGAAACCUGGUGUCUCCAUAUCCUGUUCAUAGGGAGUUCCCUGGGAGGCGCCUGCGCCGCCGGAGUAGCAGACUGCGGUGGCUCUGGUUGGGGCGGCACGGCUGCUGAGACUGAGACUCUACACCUGGGGCUGCGCUUUCCCUUCGCCUCCCCUCCCGCCGUGCUCUCCUGCCUCCCGGAGUUCUGUGCUCUGGUCCUUGAAAGGGACCUUGGAGGGGACAGGCUCCCCUACCAGGCGCUCAUUUCCUGGCCGGCUCCGCGCACAGAUCGGGCAGCCAAGGGGACAAUCUUUUUGCGCCGAAUCCCCCACUCGGCCUGCGGGCUGGGGAGGCGCUGAGCGUGCCCACUCCCCGCGGAUUCCUCGCGCGCACGGUCACAGGCGCAGAAGCAGCCCCGGCUAUCGGCUCCGGUGCAGGGCACUCCCUGGCUCCCGAGGGGCAGCACCCGGUGUCAGCCAGAGCCCGCCGGUCUGCCCCGCCCCACCCUGUCGGGCCCCGCGCCUGCUUGGCACCGCCUUCCCGUGCCCAAGCCCGGCGAACGGGGGGAACUAUACGGGUCAGCGGGCGCCGGGAGGCCGCGUCUGGAGGCGGCGCCGCGCCCUGCAUGGGGCGCACAGUAGCGCGGCCACGCCGAGCGCAGGCAGCGCAGCUCAGAGCUCCACAGUCAGUUGGAAGGAAGGAAACUCGUCCUGUUUCACCUUGGGGAAGGAGUCUUCUCUGGCCAUGUCUUCCAUAGCCAUCGCUGAGCCAGAUGGGGACCAGAGGGACAGGCGGGCCAGCAAGCUCGUGUUCUUCCUCUUGGUCUUCGGUGCUGUUCUGUUGUGUGUGGGAGUCCUGUUCUCCAUAUUUGGGUACCAAGCCUGCCAGUAUGAACCUGUCCCACACUGCAGCAUGGUGCUGAAGGUUGCCGGGCCCUCGUGUGCCGUGAUUGGGCUUGGUGCUGUGAUCCUGGCUCGCUCUCGGGCGCGGCUUCAGCUCUUGAUGGGAAGGCAGCAAGGCAACCCGGCCAGCUCUGACCAAGCGUUCCUCUGUGGAGAGAGCCGCCAGUUUGCCCAGUGCCUGAUUUUUGGGUUUCUGUUCUUGACAAGUGGCCUGCUCAUCAGCAUCCUGGGCAUUUGGGUCCCCGGAUGUAGCUCAGGCUGGACACAGGACCUGGUGAACGAGACGGACACUACCAAUGCAGAGCCCCAGAUUUGUGGGCUCCUUUCCAUGCAGAUCAUGGGGCCUUUGGUUGUGCUUGUGGGAUUGUGUUUUUUUGUGGUUGCCCAUGUAAAGAAGAAAAACAACUUGAGUGCGAGCCAGGAUGCCUCUGAAAGCGAAGAGGGACAUGCCCCCAGCACAGAGCCCGUCCAGGUCACUGUAGGUGACUCGGUGAUAAUAUUCCCGCCGCCUCCGCCACCAUACUUUGCUGAGUCUUCUGCAUCUGCUAUUGGUGAAAGUCCUGCGGCCGACAGUUUGCCUCCCACUGACAGCCCACCUCCCUAUUACAGCCUUUUCAGCCAUGGCGGGACCCGAGCUCCUGAGAGCCAGGACGCUGCCUGCGAACAAGGGUGCGAAUUUGUGUACACCAUUACCGGGACUCACUCGCCUUCGGAGAUCUCUCACACGCUGCGUAUUUCACUGGAAUUGCCCCCGAGUUACGAAGAAAAAGAGAGCACCACAGUCACAUCUUUGCCACCACCUUCUGAACCUUCUGAACCAUGAAUUUUGGACUCCAGUACAGUUUUAUAUAUCAUGGGACACUAUUUUAUUUAACUUGUUUUUUUAAUAAAAAAAUCUAUGAUAGCUUUGA